CGCCGGCACCGCAGCAAUGGCGGCCCCCGCGCCGCCCGCGUGAGCCCGACGCCGGCCACGGCUGCCGUGGAGUCUGGAUAAGAGCUGUCAGGAAGGCUUUUUACCCAGUUUGAGGCUGAGUGAUACCAAUCUUGAACCAUAGUUUUAGAGGAGUGGCACCAAAAGGCCUGUUAACACUGACUGCUUUAUGGGACAAGUAGCACUCCCUGCUUCCUCAGCUGUCUGAAAAUCGAGCCAUAGAUACUGACCUUCAAUUCAAAUAAGCAGGAGCAGCAACAGAAGACAGCUGUGGGCAGGGGCAGGAGCAGCCAGGCAUGCUGCAGGAGGCAGCAGUACUUAAUGGGAUCACCAUUGCUCAGCUGCCAAGCUCCCUUGCCAGGUGGCACCGUCUCUACGCUGCAAAACUGGAGCAGAGGAAAAAUGCCAGUUUCUCUAAGAAAACUGCAGCAAAUGGCUGUUUUCAUGGGACUGUUCAGCGGCGGGGGAUGUAUCGUGAUGUAUAAUCUUAUGCAAAAAAGUUUUGCCAGGACCCAGUACUACCAGCAAGCUUUGGAGGAACUGAACAGCAAUCCUGAUGCCCUGGAAGCCCUGGGUGCCCCCCCCCUAAAGGUUCACAACAUCCGCCUGACAGAUGGGAGCAAUCGUGUGGACACAGAAAGAGCACGGAUAAAGUUACCAGUCUCUGGAACAAAAUCAGCGGGCUACCUCUACAUUAACUCGAAGAUGGACCACUGCCGUCAGUGGGUCCUGUGUACAGCCUCACAUGGGGCCGAGACAAGAUUUGGUGCCCUUGCCUCCCACUGAGGACCUAGCAGUAAAAUGGCUGGGAAUAAGGAGCAGGUAAGCAGGUCAUCCUGGUGGGAUGCUGCAGAAUGUGUUUGUGCUUUUCCAGGGGAGACCAGGGCACCUCUCAUACCAAUACAGACAUAGCUAAAUGACACCAGGAGUUCAGUGCUCUGUGCAAGAAUAACUGAGGCACUGAAACCACUGAAAUGCAUCUGACUCUGAGUGUGUAAACUGUCUGUAGUGGUUUAUUUAUUUCAUAAAAGAUAACACAUUUGAAAAGGAAGAUUUGUAAUCUGUGAGUUCAUUUGGUCCAGGAGGAAGUGGCAUUCACCCAGAGGCAGGUGGUACAUGGAUGGGGAGGGUGCCCAGAGGCAAAGGCAGCCAAGGCACUGCAAAAUCACUCCUGCCCUGAAGUGACCAAAAGAAGGGCUGAAGCCCCCAGGGCACACUGUGGGGAAUGAGCUGGUCACUUUCAGGCCCAGUUGCUUGGCCUGGGCUAGGAGUGGGAGCAAAGGGAUGCUGAGCAGAGCCCUGCUGCAGACCCAUUGCACAGAGGUGCAGCAGCCUAAUUGCCUAAUUGUAUGUACAGUAAUUUCAUGAUUACAAGCCACACCAUUUUGACUAAAAUUUUGCUCCCACACCGGAAAU